AGAGCAAGAGUAUCUCGCUUCUGCUUCCUUCAUACACCUCUCUCUCUCUCUCUCUCUCUCUCUCUCUCUCUCUCUCUCUCUCUCCAUUGGCUACACUUUCUUAUCCCUUACAUAGUAUCUUUGGGAGAAUGGAAGGAGGAGAAGGGACAUCCGCACCAAACCAAAAGAAAGGAAAAUUCGAAAGAAUAUGUGUUUUCUGUGGCAGUAAACGAGGACAUAAAGCUGCAUUUAGUGAUGCAGCUCUCGAGCUCGCUAAACUAAUGGUAGAUAGGAAGAUUGAUUUGGUUUAUGGCGGAGGAAGCGUAGGUUUAAUGGGCUUGGUCUCUCGGACAGUAUUUAAUGGAGGUUGCAAUGUUCUUGGAGUGAUUCCUAAAGCUCUUUUGCGUCAUGAGAUAUCAGGAGAGGCCAUCGGGGAAGUAAAAAUAGUUUCAGGUAUGCACCAAAGGAAGGCGGAAAUGGCUAAACAUGCCGAUGCUUUCAUCGCACUUCCCGGUGGCUAUGGGACCAUGGAAGAAUUGCUAGAGAUGAUAUCAUGGUCUCAACUUGGAAUCCAUGACAAGCCAGUGGGGUUAUUGAACGUAGAUGGAUAUUAUAACAGCUUGCUUGCCUUAUUUGAUAAAGGAGUGGAAGAGGGUUUCAUAGAGGAGUCAGCAAGCCAUAUCUUGAUUAUUGCAAACACAGCAGAAGAACUCGUAAAGAAAAUGGAGGACCAUGCGCCAGUCCGUAACAAGGUAGAAGGCAAGACUACUCAAGUGGGGGAACCCUUAAACCUUUAGACCUUAAGCAUCCAUCAUCACGUGUAUAUAUUCAGGAGAAAUACUUCAGAGAACUAUACCCUAUAUGUGCUGGAGCCUGGGCCCUGGAGUAGUUCCGUUUGAUUGAAAAAAAACAAAAAAGAGGACAGCAAAAUGGGCCCAAAUAUUUCGGUCUUUGCUCAAUUAUCUCAAAAUGGGCCCAUCUGUAUAUUUAUUGUCA